CUGUGUGGGGGUGAGUGGCGGGGUGGUGGGAGCGGGGACCCGCCGGUGCCGGGCCCGGCUCAGGACCCUCCGUGCCGCAGGGUCCGGGCAGCUGCGGCUGGUGGGGGGCGGCGGGCGCUGUGCCGGACGCGUGGAGGUGAAUCACGACGGUGAGUGGGGCUCCGUCUGCGUCUUCGACUUCGACUGGGAAGCCCGCUGGGCCACCGUGGUGUGCCGGCAGCUGGGCUGUGGCCGUGCGGCCUCGGCGUCCCCGUACGCCCCGUUCGGGCAGGGCAGCGGCCGGAUCUGGCUCCAGCCCUUCUUCUGCCGCGGCGCCGAGGAGGUGCUGGAGGAGUGUCCGAACUUCGGAUGGGGCCAGCACUACUGCGGCCACGAGCGGGAUGCGGGGGUGAUCUGCACAGAGGCUGUGGAGCUGAGGCUGGUGGGCGGCGGCGGUCCCUGCGCCGGGAGGGUGGAGGUGAAGCUGCGGGGACACUGGGGCUCAGUGGGAGAUGACAACUGGGACAUGGAGGAUGCCGAGGUGGUGUGCCAGCAGCUGGGCUGUGGCUCGGCUGCCGGCGCCUAUGCUGCCCGCGACCGCUUUGGCACUGGGUCUGGACCCAUCAACUUGGCCGUGGUGGACUGCAAGGGGGACGAGGCCACGCUCUGGGACUGCGAGAUCCGUGGCUGGGGACCCUACAGCGGUAUCCAUGACUGUGACGCUGCCGUCAUCUGCCAAGGGUUUUCCCGGCUGGUCGGGGGCGAUGGAACCUGUGCCGGGCAGUUGAAGGUGCGGCAGCACCAGGCCUGGGUUGGCGUCUGUGCAGAGCACGUGGACAUGAAGGUGGCCCAGGUGGUGUGCCGGGAGCUGGGCUGCGGCGCGGCGCUGGCCAUCCCCAGCAGCGGCCGGUUUGGGGCAGGAAUGGGGCCGGUGUGGGAGGGGGGGUUCAACUGCACCGGCACCGAGCCCCUCCUCAGCGCCUGCGCCCGGCGGGUGCCCCACAGCCAGGGCUGCGCUGGCCACGCCACCAUCAUCUGCUCCUCCUACACGGGCUUCCGGCUGGGGAACAGCAGCUCGGGCUGUGCCGGGCGGGUGGAGGUGGCAGUGAGGGGCACGUGGGGGUCCGUCUGCGCCACCGCCUGGGACCUGCCCGAUGCCGACGUCCUGUGCCGCCACCUGGGCUGUGGCCACGCCGUCACCGUGCUCCCGGGAGGCUCCUUCGGCAGUGGGGACGGGCCGCUGAGGCCGGACGCCUUCGGCUGCAGCGGGAGCGAGCGGCACCCGGGCGAGUGCCCCGUGGUGGUGCUGGGGGAGCCCCCCUGCACCCCGGGGAACACCGCCGCCGUCAAGUGCUCAGGCACCAUCAAUUCCGUGCGGCUGGUGGAGGGUGAGAGCCGGUGUGACGGGCGGCUGGAGGAGGCCAUAACCAGCCCAGCCUGGCACCGUGUGCCUGUGGAGCAGUGGAAGAGAUGGGAUGUCUACAUGGUGUGUGCUGUGCUGGGUUGUGGCCUGCCAAAGGAGAUCUACACAGCCUUGGGUAUGGCACCCACUGCACUGACCAGCAGCUCCGGGGAGGUGGAUGUUGUGAUGGAGGAGAUGGAUGUCGUGUUGAGGGAGGUGGACGACAUGAUGAAGGAGAUGGACGACAUGAUGGAGGAGAUGGACGUCGUGACGGAGGAGAUGGAUGUCGUGACGGAGGAGAUGGACAUCGUGACAGCGGAGAUGUACGACACCUCAGGGAUGGGCCCCGAGCUGACCAGGAGCCUCGAGGAGAUGGAGGACGUGCCAGAGGAGAUCUCUGAUGGCUUAUGGAUGGGCCCCGCACCAACCAGCGACCCUGAGGAGAUGGUCAUAGUCUGCUCAGGUGCGUGUCCCGAGAAGGGCCGGAGUGCUGGUGCCCCGAGCAGCCCCCAGCCCGGUCCUUCCGUGCCCGCAGGCAGCCGGCGGGUGAGGCUGGCGGGUAGUGCCGGGCGCUGCGCCGGGCGCGUGGAGGUCUAUGCCGGUGGCACCUGGAGCAGCGUGUGCCAGGAGCGCUGGGACCUGCAGGCCGCCGCCGUUGUGUGCCGGGAGCUGGGCUGUGGCGCGGCACUGGAGGCACCCGGCUCGGCGCGCUUCGGCCCCGGCGCGGGGACCCCGUGGCCGUACGUCGUUGAGUGCGCCGGGAGCGAGGAGUCUCUCUGGGAAUGCCCACGCUCGGAACGGCGCGAGUGCGAGCGCGGGGCCGGGGCCGUCUGCUCAGAGCAGCUCUCCCUGCGGCUGGCGGGCGGGCGCGGGCGCUGCAGCGGGUACCUGGAGCUGCUCCACAACGGCACCUGGGGCCGCGUGUGCGCCACCGGCACCAGCCCCGGCACCGCCGCCGCCGUCUGCCGGCAGCUGGGCUGUGGGGACGGGGGGCAGCUGGCACCCGCCCCCGCCCAGCAGCCGGCCCCCGCCUGGCUGGCCUGGGUGGGCUGCGAGGAGGGGGCCCGCUCGCUCUGGGGGUGCCCCUCGGCACCCUGGCACCUGCAGGCCUGCGGCCCCGGAGGGGACGCCUACGUGUCUUGUGUGGAGGACAGUGACAACCCCAGCGAGACAGCCACCACCCCGUGCCCGGACGGGGCCACCUGCACAGCCGUCCCCAGCAGCAGCGGCCCUGCGGUGGCCGGGGGGACUGUGCCGGUGCCAAGCGGGCAGGUGGCCG